AAUUAAAGAAGUCCUGAACUUCGCGCUCGGAGAGAGAGAGAGGGAGAGAGAGACAGAGAGAGAGAGAGAGUGAGUCUGCAGGCUUUGAUCUUCCUGCGCGGAGGCUUUAGAGGAGUCUGCGAGGAAGUCAUCAUGUGAGAGACACUGAUUUCUGUGUGAGAGCGCGAGCGGACAGAGCGGGCUGGAUUACGAGGGACGUAAACAGAGGAGAGUUUUCUGAAGGGUGAGAGCGGUAUGUCCGUGGAUGAGCAGCCUGAAGCCCCGAUGUACGUGUAUGAGUCGACGGUGCACUGCACGAACAUCCUGCUGGGCCUGAACGAACAGCGGCAGCAGGGCCUGCUGUGUGAUGUCACCGUGCAGGUGGAGGGCAAAGAAUUCCGAGCCCACCGGGCCGUACUGGCCGCUUGUAGCGAGUACUUCCUCCAGGGCCUGGUGGCUCACGGAGACAAGGAGCUGGUCUUCACCAUGCCUGACGAGGUCACUGCCAGGGGCUUCGCUCCAUUGUUGCAGUUCGCCUACACAGCCAAGCUGCUGCUCAGCCGCGACAACAUCCAGGAAGUGAUCCGCUGCGCAGACUUUCUGCGCAUGCACAACCUGGAGGACUCCUGCUUCCGAUUCCUGGAGGCGCAGCUGCGGAGCGAGGACGAUGUUCAAGUGCUCUGCCACAAGGUGGAGGCUGAGAACAACCACUCGGAGGACGAGGGCAUGCAAGCCGAGGCACCAGUGGUCAAUGCUUCCUGGGAUGCUUCGCCGCGACCCUGCCAUCGUCCGGACUUCCUAGAUGGCCGGGUGGAUGCAGGACGGCAGGGCGCUUCGGACUUGCCCCGCUGCCCCAAGUACAGGAAGUACCAGUGGGCCUGCAGCAAGCACAAUGACAGCAAUGACAACGACAGCUCCUCAAACACCAGUAGUACCUCAGGUUUCCCAAGCACACUGCUGGGUGGGCCGGUCGUGGCGCAGAUCAAGCAAGAGCCACGGGGCGAGGAUGAACCGGUCCUGUCAGGCAACGAGGGUGACGGCAGGGACAAGGAUCUAACUGUGGCCGACAUGGAGCUGGACAGUGGCAAGUCGCCCACUUGCCUGCGCGCCCUCUUCAAGCGGGGGUUCCCAGACGCGCCCGAUACUUCCCGGCCGCUUUUGGCCGGCCAACUGGCCUGCGCCCAGGGCAAGGCGAGCACUCAGGGAGAGCACAAAAAGGACCACAGGCCGGCCUUCCCCAAAGACGCCAAAGACGGCUUCUCCACGGGCCUGUCGCUGAGGUCAGCAUCCUGCGAUGGCGUCUGCAAGCAGGACACAGAGCUGGACCGCCGCAGCGUUAUCUUCGCGCCUGCCCACUCCUAUCCGGGUGGUGGCAACUCGCCUCCGGACAAGGAGCUUCCACCUGAGCACUUGCCCAAGGGCUUGUGGGUUGGAGGGAGCCAGUCGUUACCCAGCUCACAGGCUGCCUACUCCUCCUCCUCAGGCGCCCCCCAGGGUGAGGCAACUCCAGCGCUUCUCCUAUGCCGCCAGCGGCCCAAUGCCAGCUGUCCUGUGCCCAUCAAGGUGUGUCCGCGCUCGCCACCCUCUGAGACCCGCACACGCACCUCCAGCUCCUGCUCCUCCUAUUCGUAUGCUGAGGAUGGCAGCGGUGGCUCACCUUGCAGCUUGCCCCAGUUUGAGUUCUCGUCAUCGCCCUGCUCCAGCGUGAGCCGCUGCCUUCCUGCCGACCCACAGGAGUCCGGCACAGGCGCUGAUGCGCCACUCUUCGGCCCAGCCAGGCCCAAGAUCAAGUGUGAGCGGGCGUACGGCACCAACUCGAGUGACGAGUCCGGCUCCUUCUCAGAAGGGGACAGUGAGUCCUGCCAUGUUCAGGAGCAAGGAUCAGAAGUCAAGCUUCCUUUCCCCAUCGAUCAAAUCACGAAUCUUCCACGGAACGACUUCCAGAUGAUGGUGAAGAUGCACAAGCUGAGCUCGGAGCAGCUGGAGUUCAUCCACGACGUGCGGCGCCGCAGCAAGAACCGCAUCGCCGCCCAGCGCUGCCGAAAGAGGAAGCUCGACUGCAUCCUCAACCUGGAGUGCGAGAUACGCAAACUGGUAUGUGAGAAGGAGAAGCUGCUGACGGAGAGGAACCAGCUGAAGGCGUGUAUGGGGGAGCUGUGGGAGAACUUCUCCUGCUUGUCCCAGGAGGUGUGCAGGGACGUCCAGCUGAGUCCUGAGCAGGUCCAGUCGCUUCACCAUUACUGCCCCGUUGUGCGCCCCGGCAACCCCACCUCCUCGGCUUCUCCCGGAAGCCAGGCCCCUCCCACCGCCAGCAUCGACCUCACCACCAACUCGGGAGCGGCCACGCCCGAACCAGACGGUCUGCCGGCGUCUGGCAGGUGGGGCGCGGGUAACGGGGUGGAGCACGCGGGCGAACGGGACGAGACGAAGGCCGGCUCCUCCUCCUACCUGGAGGCGGGGCUUUCCCUGGAACAGUCCAAUCAGACGGUGACAGUAGACUUCUGCCAGGAAAUGACGGAUAAAUGUACCACUGACGAACAGCCGAGGAAGGACUGUACCUAAUGACGGUGGUUUCUCCACUUUUUGUUGUUUUUUUUUUUUUUUAAUUUUUUUAAUGUUUUUUUUGUGUUUAUUUUUUAAUUAUUUAAUUUAGUCUUCUGACAAACCCUCAGAACCUGAGGGAUGUUGAGAUGGUCAGCCUCUGCCAGUGUUCUAUGAAUAUAUUUUUGUUUUGUUUUUUUUUUUUAA